GCAGAGUUUAAUAAGGGGCGGGUCCUGGUGGCCCUUAACAACCCCAGCAACAACAACAGUCGAGCAGCUACUGUAGCCGCUGCUGUAGUGUUAUGAGUAACAUCUACAUACAAGAACCAUCCACUGAGGGGAAGGUUCUUCUCGUCACUAGUGCUGGAGACUUGGACGUGGAACUAUGGUCCAGAGAGGCACCCAAGGCAUGCCGAAAUUUUGUGCAGUUGUGUUUGGAAGGCUACUACAAUGGCACAAUUUUUCACCGAGUCAUCCCUGGCUUCAUUGUUCAGGGAGGUGAUCCAUCUGGAACUGGAGAGGGAGGAGAGUCCAUAUAUGGCAAACCAUUCCGAGAUGAAUUCCAUACACGUCUGCGGUUUGUUCGGAGAGGUCUGGUUGCCAUGGCAAAUGCAACACCACAUGAUAAUGGUUCGCAGUUCUUUUUUACUCUUGGUCCGACCCCAGAGCUACAAAACAAGCACACCAUCUUUGGUAAAAUCACUGGGAAUACGCUUUAUAACUUGUCACGGUUUGAAGAAGGAGUUAUAGGAAAGGAUGACAGACCCGAGUAUCCCUUCAAGAUCCUCACAACCGAGGUCCUCAACAACCCAUUCCCAGAUAUUGUUCCUCGGUUAAAGAUUCAGAAUGAAGUACCAAAAGAAGAGAGAAAGGAGAAGAAGAAGAAAGGAACCAAAAAUUUUAAGCUUCUCUCCUUUGGUGAUGAAGCUGAGGAGGAGGAGGAGGAGGUCCUUGCUGCUACCAAAAAUUUCUCCACUAAAGGCAACUCUGCCCAUGACAUUGCCAUGGACCCGACGCUCUCCGCCAGCACCGGUAGAAGUGCAACUAAUGCAACCGAUGCGCUUGAAAGAAUAAAGAGGAAGCUACGCCGGGAGGAGUCAUUAGAAGCUCUCAAGAGUGAAGUGAUGGACUCUGACA